GCGGAUGUGACGCACGGUGGUCUCUGGUCUCUGCGCAGCGUUUCGUGUCGGAGGGUCGAGAAACAGCGGCCAGAAGAGAAACACAGCGGAGCCGCACACCCACCUGCAGCACACAGCCUCACACACAGCCGGGGAAGACCGUCUGCGCUACAGAGGAGCAGAGAGAUCAACGUCAUGAACCCUGUCUACAGCCCUGCACCAACAGGGGUUCCCUAUGCCAACCCUAAAGGAAUAGGAUACCCAGCUGGGUUUCCAGUUGGCUAUGCGGCAGCUGCCCCUGCAUACACUCCCAAUGUGUAUCCCGGAGCUAACCCAGCUUUUCCUACAGGUUAUGCUCCAGGGACACCUUUCAAAAUGUCCUGCUCUCCAACGACAGGUGCUGUCCCCCCAUAUUCCUCAUCACCCAACCCGUACCCUGCUGCUGUGUACCCAGUGAGGAGCUCCUAUCCUCAGCAGAAUCCCUAUGCUCAGCAGCAAGGCACUUACUACACACAGCCUCUAUAUGCUGCCCCACCCCAUGUAAUUCAUCAUACUACAGUGGUUCAGCCCAAUGGCAUGCCAGCAGCGAUAUAUGCUCCUCCCAUCCCUCCUCCCCGUCCAAAUGGAGUCGCCAUGGGAAUGGUAGCAGGCACCACUAUGGCGAUGUCUGCUGGGACUUUAUUAACAACUCACUCCCCAACUCCAGUAGCUCCCCAUCCUGUCACAGUGCCCACGUAUCGACCCCCUGGCACACCCACCUACAGCUAUGUGCCCCCUCAGUGGUGAACAGAUGGCACUGUCAGAAGAUGAUAGAUAUGCAUUCGCACAGUUCAGUAUUUUACAGUUACGGUUGGGGCUGAUGCCACAUGUGUUUCCAGCCUGUUGUUCUUCCUUCCAAGCAUAAUGUGAAUCUGAACCUAGUUGGCAGAAGAAAGAAAAUUGUGGAAUGGGAACGAGAAUCUUUCCAUUCCGACUACAUUUGUUAGCAUUACUCAUGUGUUCUACAGCAUAUCUCAUAUCUGAAGACUUGCUCUUCACGCAGACUUGUGUUUUGUGGACUGUCUUGCAGUUUUUAUAGCAUUUAACUCUUAAAGUUGUAAGAAAAGAAAAGAGGUGGAAUUAGUUUGUAUUUGGAAUCCAUGUUCAAUUGAAUGCAUGUAUAUAUUGAAUAAUAAUAAUGCUAGCUGAAUCUACCUGCCGUGAUGCAAAAUCAUCAAAUGGUUAUUGGAAGCAAAAUCCAAAGGAUUAAGGUGAAAACAGCAACUUCACAUCUCAAAUGCAAUGUCUUUAUUGUUAUUUCAUAGAAAAUAUAAAUUGUGUUUUCCAUAAAAAAAAGUCAACAGUGUUUUAAAGUUUUUACAUUUAUUUGGUUUUAACUUUUUUUAAACCAAAUAAAUGUAAUUGUAUUAUUUGGAUUUUAUUUUUUUAUGAGUAAUUAAUGUGUAUCUAUGUAAGUAACACAUGUUGUUGCUCAUCUGCCACUUUGUAUUUGAAGGUGGGGUCGGGUAUAUUUUGAUUUAGUGCCUCAAAUACAGAUAUUCAGUUCUGUUCUUAUGAAUUUACCAUUCCUCAUGCUCUUGUUACAAAUACUUGUUGCACAUAUUUGCCUGUGUGUGUUUGUGUGCGUGUGUGCGUGUGUAUGUAUAUAUUGUUUGGUUGGUUGAGCUGCCGAACAACCCCUUGUAUUGGUGACAAGAGCAUGCCAACUUAUUGCUGUUUUUUUUUUCCUCCCGCCUCCUUUUUUUGGUUAAAGGUCUGACGGAAAGAGUGACAGUGAAGUCAUUGCUAACCUAAUACAUUUUGAAAUGUAAAACUGUUUUAUGUAGUCAAUUUAUAACACAAGAAUAUUUGAUAACACUACUGAGGACAUAGUAACUUAUGAGUUGUUUGGUUAAGAACCUGAAAAGGAACUUAUUGCUUGUUACCUCAAGGUUGCACCAUUAUUGAUUGAAUUUUUGUUGUCUUUUUACUUAUUCAUAUAUAUAUUGCCUAUGUCACCUUGGUUAAAUAAUGUUUUGUAAUGUUAUUUUGUGUUUUCGUUUUGUAUUUUCAAGAAAGACCAAAAAUAAAUACAAUAAUAAACACUG